AAAAUGGCGACGGAACACAAGCGUUCCAUCAUGAAUGGAGGUUCCUGUUGCUGUCUGCGAUUUGCUUAGUUAUUUGUAUUGAGAAUGGAGUACAUCAGCGAUCGCUUAGCUUUGCGAAACAUGUCUCGUUGCAUAUUUCAACGCUGAGUGUUCAUAUUAGUGUUAGUUAUCCCCUACCCACCGAAAGGAGAACGUUUUCUGCAGUGAUGGCGGAGGAAAGGCGUCAGAAGCAGUGCUCUGUAGUCCUGCCAACAGAGUCCAUGAAGGCGAUGGCGGAGUCCAUGGGAGUGGGACAAUUACAGGAGGACAGCUGUACAGCCCUAAGUGAAGAAGUCAGCUACAGAAUUAAAGAAAUUACACAGGAUGCUCUUAAAUUUAUGCAUCACGGAAAGAGACGUAAACUAACCACCAGUGACAUUGAUAAUGCCCUCAAACUCAAAAAUGUGGAGCCCCUGUAUGGAUUCCAGUCGCAAGAGUUUAUCCCUUUUCGUUUCGCAAGUGGUGGUGGAAGAGAGCUUCAUUUCUAUGAGGAGAAGGAAGUGGACCUUAGUGAUAUUAUUAACACACCCCUCCCCAGAGUUCCGCUGGAUGUGUCUCUUAAAGCCCACUGGUUAAGUAUUGAGGGGAUUCAACCUUCUAUUCCAGAAAAUCCACCACCAGCACCAAAAGAACAACAAAAGGCUGAAUCCACAGAACCCCUCAAAGUUGUCAAACCUGGUCAGGAGGAGGAUGGUAACAUUCAAGGCAAAAAUCAGGGAGCAACGGCUGCUGAUGGUAAAGGAAAAGAGAAGGGUCCCAUACGGUUGAAACCUCGCAGCACGCAUGAGCUUUCUGUGGAACAGCAGCUCUACUACAAGGAGAUCACUGAAGCAUGUGUCGGAUCCUGUGAAGCCAAGAGAGCUGAAGCCUUGCAAAGCAUCGCCACUGAUCCAGGGCUGUAUCAGAUGCUACCAAGAUUCAGCACCUUUAUUUCAGAAGGGGUUCGUGUUAACGUGGUGCAAAACAACCUGGCUCUGCUGAUUUACCUCAUGCGGAUGGUGAAAGCACUGAUGGACAACCCCACUUUAUACCUGGAGAAAUAUCUGCACGAGCUCAUCCCGGCCGUGGUGACGUGUAUCGUGAGCAAGCAGUUGUGCUUGAGACCAGACGUUGACAACCAUUGGGCUUUACGGGACUUUGCUGCUCGCCUUAUGGCGCAGAGUUGCAAAACCUUCAGCACCACUACCAACAACAUCCAGUCUCGCAUCACCAAGACCUUUACUAAGAGUUGGUUGGAUGACAAAACCCAGUGGACGACGCGGUACGGCUGCAUCGCCGGACUCGCCGAACUGGGUCCUGAUGUGAUAAAGACGUUAAUCCUUCCUCGGCUUACUGUAGAGGGCGCUCGCAUCAAAGCAGUGAUGGAAGGACCAGUGAUCUCAAACAUUGAUAAGAUUGGAGCCGACCAUGUUCAAAGUCUCCUGCUGAAACACUGUGCCAGUGUCAUUGCCAAGAUUCGACCUCCACCUGACAGCGUGGAACAAUAUCGGAUUGACUAUGGUUACCUCGCACCCAUGCUGUGCUCCCAUGUAAUGAAGGCUCGGACCCAAGCGGCAAUGCAAGCCCAGCAAGUCAACAGAACCACGUUAACAAUUACACAGCCUCGUACGACCCUCUCAGUCUCACAAAGUGGACUCAGUGGAUCGACGGUGUCUCGCACUCCGAGCAUCAUUAAGGUUCCAAGCUCCCUCGCCCUGAUGUCGCCAAGACCAGGGACCCCAUCCCAGCCAUCACCACCUGCCACUAAGUAUAUUGUCAUGGGAACUAGCGCAGGGUCCGCCUCAACUCAGCAGCAGGUAAUCACCAUCAACUCCUCCCAGUCAGCUUCGACGGUUACAAGCACCGUAGCCAGCGCUACUUCAACCUUGCAGCCCUUGGUAAAACUAGAACCGGGAAGUGGACCUGCGUUGGCUGGUUCACGACCCAUGCAGAAGUACAUUGUGGUAUCGCUUCCCUCGUCCACCUCUUCCAUGGACAGUAAGAGCUCUGUGAUCCCAACACCCAUCUCAACCACACUAGAACCGACGGGGAAGUCGGACCGAUCAGAGUCUCCCGGUGCCAGCACGCAGUCGCCACACUGACAUUUUUCACAAGAGAUUUGACCCGCAUUCAAGGACUAUAUACUGAAAACUCCAGAAUGGUGCAGAAGCAGUUGUUUGCUCGUAAAUUGUAAAUAUGUUAAUGCCCAACAAGUGGCAAUCUGUCACAGUGUUUCCUCAACUAUUCAAAUUGAUUUCAUGCUCUCUCUCUCUUUUUUUUUUACCCAAAAAUAAAUUUCACUUUGUAUUUGUA